UUCGCAUCGCAAUUCGCCAAUUAUACCAUAGGCGCAUAAGCUCUCAAGAGGAAGAAGAAGAAAGAGUGAGUUUGGUUGAAGGAAUGGCAUCAGGAUGGGGAAUAACAGGGAACAAAGGACGAUGUUAUGAUUUCUGGAUGGAUUUCAGUGAGUGUAUGUCCAAAUGCAGGGAACCCAAAGAUUGUUCUCUUCUUAGAGAAGAUUACUUCGAGUGUCUUCACCAUUCCAAAGAGUAUCAACGUAGGAACCGAAUCUACAAAGAGGAGCAGCGUCAGUUGAGAGCUGCUUCCCAAAAGAAGAAGGAAGGUGGAGAUGAUGGUGGUGGUCAUCACUGACCUUUAUUCUUGAUCACGGUUUUAUCAACUGAAAGGCAUGGCAGUAACUGUAUGUUGUUUUGAAUUCUGAAAUAAAGAGUUAAAUCAAUUGCAUCUUAUCUGAGCUGGAUAAUGAAAAUGGCUCUGUUCAGUUUCUUUCUCAUGUGGCAUUUGUUUUGUUGGUGAUAUGCAACGCAUGUUUAAGGGCACAUUUGCUAUACCAUUUGCUCUGGACUAUGAUUUCAGUUCUUCUUGGGAAUUUGGGACUCAUCAAAUGAAUGAUCAUUUUCUUCACGUGUA